AUGAAAUCAAUCUUCAGCGGCUUCCAUUACGAUUCCAGCUCAGAUGAGGAGCUUCACAUGCCACCAUCAUUGUUACCACCACCAACUCAUCGUGUUCCGAUUGAUCCUACCACGGUGAUGGUAGUCUAUGAGCCUCAUGCUAAGUCGACUACUCAACUUCCUGCUCCGGAGAAUUCCACAUCCACACCCUCAUUUACAGAUGAGGACGACGAAAUCUGUGACUCUUCGUCUUCUCCGCCAAAGAAGGUACCGGUUCAAUUCCCGGUUGUUGAUCUCACUGGUGAUGUUCCCAAGACUGUUCUGGCGAAUCAGGGAAUCUCCUCCCGUCUGUGCAAGAGACAUGAAACUGCUGAUACCGACAGCCGUGACGCCAAGCGUCCGACUCUCGCCAGAGAUAAGGGUGUUUCCUCUUCUCGCAGCACCUCUUCCAAGGAGUUUGACUCUAAAUGGUUCGUCUCCUCUGAUGCUGCCCGUCGGGAGCUGAUUGAUCAAGCCGGCCUGUUGAAGACCGUUACUCAAGUCGGAGCUUAUGAUUCCGAUGUGGUCUAUGAAUUCUGGGCAAAUCUACCAGCGGCUAAGGUAGAGAGAGAGUCGGUUGAUGUUCUUGUCAGAGACUGGAUGUAUGAGUUUUCCCCAAGUCGCAUCAACGCCUUGUUUGGUCUACAAUCGGUUGAUGUGCGUGAACAACGACUGCAGACAGCUGCCAUUUUGGAGGAGGACAUGGCUCUAUUCCUAUCUGGUGGUACGGUCAAGUCCUGCAAGCAGCUGGUGUCGACGGCAAUCAAGAAUCAGGUUAUCAAGGACUUGCAUAAGAUAUGCUGCAGCAACUGGUCUCCAACGGUGAACACUGGCUAUAUCUCGACGAACAGAGCAAUGGUGAUCUACAUGAUCAUGCAUCACAUUCCGUUCAACUUUGGGAGGAUGAUCUAUGAUCAAAUCAUUCAGCUGGGUCUGCAAGCCCAAUCUGAUUUCCGGUUGUCGUUCCCCAGCCUCAUCUAUUAG